UCAGUGACAAAUAUAGCUGUGGAUAAGGAAGUAUUGGAUUGAAAUUUCAAGUAUUUGUUCACGAAGAAUGUCGGACAUUAAAAAUUUAAAAGAGGACUCAGAGACAUCUCCGAUAUCUCCGAAAGAAGACGAAAACUAUGAAGAAGAAAAUAAUCCAAAGCUUGUGGACAUGAUUCCGGUAUUUUCCCAAGUGAAGUCGUUUAUCCAAUGGACUCGAGGCGAUUCUUCACGAGCCAGGAGAACCCAGCAGAAUUUCUCCCGUCAGUGUCCGGGUAUUUCCCAGGUUCGAUCUCUGGUAGAGGUUGCUAAAGGCGACACAAACUCUGCCAUGGCCACGCAAAAGCAAUGCGGAAGGGCGGUGUCCCACCUUCUAGACACUGUACCCAUUGUUGGACACUUAAAGGGCGUGGUUCACCAUGCCGCCGGUGACAAAGAGGGCGGGAACAGGGCCAUACAGACCGCCUCUUACACCAUCACGGCUACAGGCGACAGGGUCGCGGGAGUGCUUGCGGGAGCUACACAAGGGGCGAUAUCGGGCGCCUCGGGGUUGUCAAAAAGAAACACAGAUGAGAAAAACUGAUAAGACGUGCAGCCAGCUGUCUGUACAUGGUUGUAGGCGAUAUUGUGUCGUUUUCAAUUUUAGGUCGCCAGUUAGUGUCAUACUAAGUAUCUUAAUCAUGUUUUUCUUUAUUAUGAUUGUUAUUACCGUUUUUGUACAGUUUGAAUUUGUGAAGCAUAAUGUGACAUUGGCGCGAAAUUGAGUUACGGACAUCAUAUCAGAGUAUAGUGUACACUUAUUACUUGUUUUAAGGUGUUUUUCCUAAUCGAGACGACUUAUGAGAAGUGGGACCUUUUCACGUUCAAUAGAGUCAGAUAUAAACAAAAUGUUUUCGUCUUCUGAUUAAACUGUUAACAAAUUAACUGCUUCUUUCAUUGAUAGAACAUCAUAAAAAAUCAUUCAUAAA